AUGUUUGAUCUCAAGAACAAGAAGCGCCUAAAUGCCGCAACUACUGGCUUCUCUUCCGAACCCAAGCCUUCCGCGUCGACCCGUACUAUUCAACGCAACUCAUUCGAAAAGGUAGUUACUGCCGGCAAGAAUCUCUGCCACAACCUUCCUGUCACCCUGACCCGCAAACCUUGUCGACAGACUUCGCCGAUAAAUCGGUCCACCUCAGCAAAUCGCCCAUCAAGCAACGCAUCGACUGCCACAACAUCCAACCAGAACUUAGACAACUGUGACGCGAAUUCGUUAUGUCAAAAUUCUUCAAGAUCUACGUUACUAACUGAAAGUUCUCUCCUGGUUCUCGAUUGUGGCGAGACAUUCCACGUGCCUGGCAUCUCUCCUUCUAGGUACCACCCGGAUACAGGACGAGCACCUAUUCAGGAACCAAACGAUCUUUCAGUAUCCUCAAUGAAAUCUGCCACGUCUUGA